AUGUCUGAAGGCGCGCUGAAGCCCGAGAAGGACUUCUCGAAGGAGACGGACAAGCAGAUCCCAGAGGCCGAGAAGCUCGCCAAGAGUGACAUUUCUGCCGCCAUCGAGAAGCUCAGCGUGUUGGAGAAGCAGACCCGUCAAUCCUCAGAUCUUGCGUCGACGUCCCGUAUACUCAUCGCCAUUGUCACAAUUGCCAAAGAUGCAGGAGACUGGAGCUUGAUGAACGAGCAGGUUCUGGUACUGUCGAAGAAGCAUGGCCAGCUCAAGCAAGCUAUUACCAAGAUGGUUCAGGCGGUUAUGGGCUUCCUCGAUUCUACACCGAACCUCGAAACUAAGCUUACCGUCAUCGAGACCCUGCGAACGGUUACCGAGGGCAAGAUUUUCGUCGAAGUCGAGAGAGCCCGCGUCACCAAGAUCCUCUCCGACAUUAAGAAAGAGCAGGGUGACCUCAGAGCGGCAACGGACAUUCUGUGCGAGCUCCAGGUAGAGACUUUCGGCUCUAUGGACCGCCGUGAAAAGACCGAGUUCAUUCUUGCGCAAGUUGCUCUUUGCAUUGAGAGCGGCGACUGGACCCAGGCCGGCAUUUUGAGCCGCAAGAUUAGCACCAGAUACCUCUCACGAAAGCCCAAGAAGACGCCCGAGCAGCUCGAGAAGGAGAAGAAAGAGCGCGAGAAGAAGAAGGCAAGAGGCGAGGAGGUCCCCGAAGAGAAAGAGGACGACACAACCGACCUGAAGCUGCGCUACUACGAGCAACAGAUCAUCCUUGCGAAACACGAUGACAAAUAUCUCGAUGUCUGCAAAAACUACCGUCAGGUCCUUGACACCGAGGCUGUCGAGGAGGAUCCCAAGAAGCUUCACCCUGUCCUCCAACGCAUUAUCUACUUCGUCAUCCUUGCUCCCCACGACAAUGAGCAGCAUGAUCUCCUUCACAGAAUUCAGAAAGACUCCAGAAUCAGCCAAGUCACUCAAGAGGCCGAGCUUCUCAAGCUUUUCACUGUCCAUGAGCUUAUGCGCUGGCCUGAAGUCUCCAAGACCUUUGGCCCGCAUCUUUGCGAGACUGACGUCUUUGAUGCCCAACCUGGCCAGUCCGGAGAUGAGAAGGCACACCAGCGUUGGCAGGAUCUCCGCAAGAGGGUGAUUGAGCACAACGUGCGUGUUGUCGCCAAGUACUACACUCGCAUCCAGAUGAAGCGCUUGACGCAGCUUCUGGAUCUCAAUGAGGAUGAGACGGAGAAAUACAUUAGCGACCUUGUCACCUCAAAGACCAUCUACGCCAAGAUCGACCGGCCCGCUCGUGUCGUCAGCUUCGCGAAGCCUAGAGAUGCUGAUGACAUCCUGAAUGAGUGGAGCCACAACAUGAAGAGCCUGCUCGGUCACCUCGAGCGUAUUGACCAUCUCAUCACGAAGGAGGAGAUGAUGGCCAACAUCCAGCCGAGCAGCGGCUCCAAGUCGGGGAAGGGAAAGUCUACUAAGGCGCAUUAG